AUGAAAGGAAGGAGAGCAACAAAAUGGAUCGUUAUCGAGUUUAAAACAUGCUGUGCAACACUACCAAUCUCACUACCAUCAAUGGCAACACCACGUCGGAUGAACGCAUCGUGCAAGACAACUGUGUCUGAGUGGUUCUGCACUUCAGCACUGGUGACGGGAGCAUCGAAUCUUGUGGCAAUGAGACUGCUGUUUCUUGAUCUGCGACGACGAGCAGCGACGCCAAGUGGAAAAGCAUUGGUCACUCGCGAAUUCGGGAGGUACUUCGUGGUGUUGUUGUCGUUGUACUGGUCGCUAUUGCUGCAGCCGCGACCGUAUAAUUUGGAUUUAAGCGUUGCUUAG